AUGGAUCUGUUCAUCGAAACGCUCACCGGAACUGCAUUUGAACUCAAAGUAUCCCCCAAUGACACUGUUAUGUCAAUUAAAUCCAAGAUUCAAAGGGUUGAAGGUGCGUGAUAAACAAAUUGAUAUUUUACCACGCAUAUCCGCAAUUGCUAUCUCCUGUUUGUGCUGUAGUUAUUAUCAAUAAAUAAUUAUUUAUGAAUGUUUGGAUAAAGCCCAAAGUUCUUGCAAAUCCAGCGUGAUUUUCCCAAGUUAAGGAGAAAUGGUCGCCGACGUAUGUGUAAGUCGUUGUCACUUGGGUAGCGCUGCUGUGCGCAAGCUAUCCGUAGUUUCUUCAACGUUGGCUGGCGUCUCAUAUGUAUAUUAUAGUGGUAAGAUCUCCACAAGUUUUUUAAUUUCCGAUUACAGACUUAACGUCAUACUUGCUUUCCACAAACAUCCCUUCAGCACGCAGCAUCUAGUCAUUUUUUGAAACCUGCAUAUGAUAUCUUAUCCAGCUGUUAACCUUAAAAUCCCGUUUCCGUGCUCGUAUAUCGUAAUUUAGGCAUCCCCAUCGGUCAGCAACAUCUAAUUUGGCAAAACGGGGAAUUAUCUGAUCACCAGUCACUGCGGGACUGCAGUAUUCCUGGUGGUGCCACUCUGCGUCUGGUUUUGGGUCUUCGAGGCGGUCCUGUAAAUGCGUAUCGCACGCCCACUGCCCUGCGGCUCACUCCCCUCCACUUCGCACCACCUUCGUUUGAACGUAUUACUCCACCGCCACGGUCAUCUUCCAACUCAACAACUACGGGCCCUAACAAGCAUUCCGUUGCCAUGUCAUCACAACAAACUUACGUGUCAAGUAGUCCCGUGAUCACACAACCACCCGCAGCCGCGGACGAAAUCUCCGAUCAAAACAAUGCGGCUACUUUUGAGUCCAAUACCACAAGGGCUGUGUCUCCGGCGCUUGGCCGUACUAACGUUUCUAGCGAGUCUUCUCACCCCACCGCCAAUAGUCGCGAUGUGUUGACUCAACCGGAUACCUCAUCGGCCAACCGGAAGCAUAUUACGUUCGUCAUAUUUGACAGCGGUGAUAACCUCAAUCUUGUUCACGUUAUUGACAGGUAAUACUACGUUAUUUGCGAUCAUUUAUCUUGCAUUUGCUACAAGUACUAUUAUUCCUUUGCUGCCUAUUAUCAUACAAGGACAUUGCACACUGCUCUAGAACCUUUAUUUUUUACCCGCAUUCUACAAGAUCCCCCGUGCUCCCACACAGGAACCCGUCUGUUGAUCGGUCGUCGGAUUCCGCCAAUCAACUUAAGCCCACACCCGUUGAGGAUAGAGCAGUGAAGGCCAAGUCAGUGGAACGUCAUCCCUGUGACAGUGGCAGUUUCGUCAGUGCUCACUCGUUAGCCCGCCUCCAGGCUGAACCUGCGGUUAAUAGGGACUCUGAGGAUGACAACCAGCCUCUCAAGGCUCCGGCUGUUUUGCUUGGCACUCCAUCGGGGUCAUCUUCACAAAGUAAGACCCUUACGAAUCGAAAACCUCCCGCCUCAAAGAUGCCGGCGGCAGUCCCGUCGGCACCCUCCUCUCCUCCAUCACCGUCGACCCCCUCCUCGGCUGCAGCAGCCCUUCUGGCAGGACUGCUUUAUGCUGCUGGCUCCCGCUCGCGAGACCCUGUCUCCGCUGCCGAAGAUGACGUUCUUUCCGCCUCUGAUGGAGAACGUUCCGUAUUCCCCUGCUCAUAUUGGCUUCGUCCGUCCUCUCCUGAAUGGGAUUACGAGGAUAUUAAAAGUCUCUAUCGAAGCGCUGAAGAUGAGGAAAUUGGCUCUGGUGGUUGUGGUGCCGGUGGGCUCACUACUGACGAAUUUCCAUUCUACGAUGAUGUGGAUGAUGAGGAAGAAAAUGGCGCUGAUGACGGUGGGCUACAAGGUGAUGAUGACAGCCUGGCCGAUCUCGAGGACUAUUUUCUCUACUACCACACCGGAGAUAUUCUUUUUGGUCCCUCACCAAGGAACUCCCUACUGCGUGACUCCCUCCUCACCGGUGUAGAAUCUGUUGUAUCGGGCUGCCGGAGUGGAACUCGUACUGGUGAGCGGAUCUCAACAGCCAAGCGUGAAGAAUGCUCACAUCUGGCGGAAAAGGUAAAAAAACUGAAGGCACAGUUGAUGCAGGCCCGUGAGAAUCGUCUAAAACGGCGAAAUAAAGCUACAGGUGACACUGGAUCCUCCGCUGUAGAGACACCGGCCGGAGCGAAGGACCAAGAUGCGAACGCUACCCUGAAUGCUCAUGAAAAGUUGACACCUGACCUCGCUGAUUCUACGACUACACUCCCAAUGAAAGCUGCCAGUAUGUUUUCCUGAUAAAUGCUUUCAUGUUUCUAAUGCGCAUCUGUUCAACACGCGUGUCUGGUGAUCCACCUCACCACGCGUUUCCACAUUGAAUUAAGGGAAGAUGUUUAACAGGCGACAGCUCUAGUUAAGCGACAAAAACCAAACGUCUUCACCAAGCAGUGCUAAACAAGCACACGAGGUCUGAACAGUAACGUUGCAGAAGACGGUUUUCGGUUGAUGCCCUCAUUGUCUGCCUUAAAUUCACUACUAUACGCACUCAGUAUCAUGUAUCCUGCGCAAGUCUAUCCAUAAGAGAUGUUACUCUUAUAGGAUAUAAAAGUUCGCUCUCUGGAAAGGUUGAUAUAUUUGUCUAACGUUAUGGACUCUUGCUCUAUCUCAUCAGAGGAGGACAAUUUGCCUUCUAUACUGUUUGCCGAGUUGGCUGCGUCCAGUGUACGCAGGCGUUUGCAUGGAAUAAAAACGUUCGCUUUCAUUUAUUCUAAGAACCUUGAUAAUCCAUCGCUGUUUGUCGUUUUGUGUUAUCAGAGGAAGUUUGCACCUUGGGCAUUUAUCAACACCUCAUUUUCAUCGUCAUUACCGUUGUGUUACUCACUUGGAAGAGGCUAAGAAUUAGACGGGGUCGUUAAAAGGCCGGCAAUAAAGGGUGCCAGUUAUGAUUUUACUCAGACCUUUUUAUUAUACGACAGCCAAAGUGAACUGAAGUGACCUGAAACCGAGCGCGAUAAGGUCGGAUAAACAUAGGUGAAGUACUCAGCAGUUUCAGUCGUUGCGAGGCUCCUUGUGUUUUUGAGGCUCUUAAUGCUUUAUCUUUUGCCACGCGUGGGUUGUUCUUUGUAAGUGUGCCAUUUGCACGUUCUCCUUUCGGUUAUUCCAUUAAAAAAUCCCUACUUUUAUCUUGAGGCUUUGUUAAAUAACCGUGUACAUUUUGGAAAACGUGCGCUUUGACGCAGGGUAUUUAUUGUGAAUAACCGUGCCAGCUUGUUUUAAAUGUACUUAAAUAUGAGUUUAGAUUAAUAUUACAAUAACGUAUGUAAAAUCAAUGUGCUAACAUGAACUUGUACCACCUUGAGUUUGCCAAGGGUGUACUUGACAACAUAGACCCUAUCUGUAUCUAGCCAGCCGUUUUUCAGCCAUUGCUAAAUGAUGGUAAAGAUGUCGGACUUAAUUUUUUUAUUGCUAGACACUUGAAAGAUGGGGUGGGACUAGUAGUGGAGCCCUCCACGAGGCCUCUUCAUUGAUUCACACUCCUUUAAAGGGCUGCCACCAAGUUCUGUUUUUGGUUCGCCCUUUCGUGCUAAUCAUUUGACACUUCGGGUUUAAUAAGUCACAAGUGCUAAGGCCAAUUAGUGGCUGCAAAUUAGUCGUGCAUUUCCUUUUCUGCAUUGCAAGUCUGCUACUGAAAGACCUUGGUCUAGCCGUCAUUGGCUAGAGCACAACCCGUACUAAGUCCACGCGCUUUCGUGCUUGCCCUCUACGACAAAAGUCGGCACACUAGAAAUAUUUGCUUAACACCCCCACCAUGUCUCAGUGGGUGUGUUUAGCUGAAGCACGAUGAUGAAAGAAAAGAAUGAGGUUAGCCCUACAAUACCGUUCCCCAUUAUUGUCAGUGUGAUGGGCGUUUUAGUUGACACGACGUCUUGGGAGUUGUAGUUUGGAAGGUUGUCGACGGGUGGGAUAUUCUCACUCUGGAGACUGAGGGCGAGGUUUAACUGACCCCCUCUGAAUGCGAUCUUUAUAAAAAUUCCUUCGAAUAUAUUUUGGGUCCCUUAAUUUUGGUUCGGGUGCUCUACAGAACGCUUAGAAAAGGAAAAGGGAAGGCUUGGUCACCGACCGAACCCAAUCGUGUCUUCGGUAACCUUAAUUCAGUCACGUCACGGGAACAGGAUAAAAAAUAGGAAGUAAGUGGGGAUUGUGUUGCACAAGUAUGCCUCGGUGUGAUCAAUUUCACAGGCAAGUCAUCGUCCUUGCAGACGAUCGUCCCCCUCAGCAAUGAACUGCCCAGCUGAACUGUCUUCGCAUAGUAACGCGCCUAACUAAACGUUAGUCCUUUAUCAGAAGUCAAGGCGAGCGGGGAAGAAUCCAUAUUUGACUUUUUAUGUUUUACAAAGCCUUGUUGUGUUCGUUCUACUUGGUGCCCUCGUGACCGUUUUAGAAGAGGACCAUGACUAUACGGCAUAAACAUCAAAACAGUUCUAUAGUGGGAGACUGAACAGUAUUUAAGUGUCUCAUGUCCCUUUGGCCACCUCGUUAGGUCCAACACGGCCCAAACUCAGCGCACCGCCUGCCACUCCUCGUUUGCGUUCAAGGCACAGUUUACAACGCCCCUACACCAGUUCCAUCGAAAUGUCUCCUCGUCUGACGACUGUGGGCGCAGGUGACAGAGAUGAAGACAACGCUGGAAUCCGCACUCCUCCAGUAAGACAUUCAUUCGACCUCCUGCGCCCCCGUGGCACGGCCCCUCCAUCAGUCUCCAAGGUGUCCAACAACUUAAGUGUUGCUCCUGUCCCGACCACCUCACUUCUGCCUCCUCCCUCAACUACCCUGUCUGUAUCUCGCAAGCCCUCCGGAAUCAGUUGCUUUACUCGUGCUCUGUAAGUUACUUUCCCGCGCUUCAUAUUUACAUCACUUUAUUCGAUUUAACUGAGGUUAUAUUUCGAUAACAGACUACCUCCUUACCUACUUCCAGACCUCAUUAUUCCGCUGACUAAGCGAAACAGCCGGAUACUUGUUUUAAGAUUCCUCAAAUAAUUUGGCCUACCCCGAGUGUCGAACCAGACUACUCGUCCAACCAACUGGUAGGGAGACGCUGACUACUCUGUUCCGGUGUUUGCAGUUGUUUGUUAGCUGUCCUAAGCCAAACGUUUUGGAGUCACAGAUGGGAACUUCACAUUCGUUGACAUCAGAGUGGUCUGAGCAGCCAGGCAUUUAGUUUAACUGUCGAUCCGUCGAAGUGAGUACCCAUCCACAAGCAUCCAAUUAACGGACAAAUCUGCCAGUGGUUAAUGUACCAGACUUACAGAUUUUCUCAAUGGUAGCGUUCAGUACUCGCCACCAAAAUGUAGGACCCAUGCAUGUUGAAUCCUGCCUUACUCUGUGAAGUAAAUGUUUCCGUCCUCGGGGCACAUCUGACCGAGUUGAUAGACCUCGUGUGACAUGCGAGUUGAUGGGAGAAGCAAUAGAUCGAAUCACACCACUCGGACCUGCUUCCAUGGUCGAUCCUAGUGGUGUGGGCUCUUUCCUUCUUUCCCUCAUACUGUGAUUUCCGGGCGCUCAUAGUCCCCCCUUCAUUGCUCUUAGAACCGGUGAAUUUUUCAGUCAAAAGUCAAGUCCAUGUAAACAAAAAGACAUGCACGUGCUCCUGGUUAGACCGCAGCCCCCUACUCUUAAGCCAGUGUCUCAACAACAAACCGUACUAGGUCUCAAGGCGCUUAGUUCUGCGAAUUAAGGCGACAGAUUUCGUCUUUUGUCGUGCGUUUGCUAUUGUUUACGCUGUAGCUGAAUAAUGCAUGCUAGACCCAGCUGACAUCCAUCCAGGCCACAACUUUAGCGCGUCGUGAUAGGUCCAAGCACGCCAGACCUAUUUCAGCGAGGAAAUCUCGGAUUUGCCACAAGCAAGGAUUUACCAUGGCCGACCCCACACGCUCUCUUCCCGCUCACACGCGUCUUUGCCGGCCUACUGGUGAUGAGCUUCGGGGCAGUGGCUCGCCUGGCGCCAACUCCCGCCUAACGUCUGCUAUGCGCGUGUUUGGAAAUAAUUAUAGAUAGGAAUGCAAUCACGUUUUGGAUUUUCACUCGAACCCAUCGACAGCUACAACAGCAGCUAGGAGUGGUGGACGCACAAGGGGUGCAAUAUUUGUAGGAUGCGGUUGCCAUGCCACCACAUACAUGCCAUAAUUAGUAGCCCUCCCCCAAAUUAAUCGCCAGUGCUCGUGCUUUGUGCGAUGCUCGCUUGUUUGUCCGCAUAUGAGUCAUUAAUUGUCGCAAUUUAAUCACCAUUAUUGAUGGCGUGAUACUCGGCCGUUUGGUCCAUUGCUGCUGCUACUGGAAUCAGUGUUUGUCCGUGCGUUCCCUGCAUGACCAAUUACUGCCCAGAGAAGGUCCCGGUAGUAAAUAUGGUGGGGAAGCUCAUUGCGCCUGCUAAUAGACUGCGGGUAGGAGAACAAUGACUCAAACAGUUCACGGCUCACGCGGUUGUCACCCAUCGGCAGAAUUUGGACGUUGUCGACGCUAAAGAUGUUGCCGAGUCCCGUCGAGUGAACUCCAAUUUGGGAGAUGGCGUCAUUCCUUCUCCCUGCUGCUGUAUGUUUAUCCGUCCAUAUCCACAGUGAUCUAGUUUCCCCGACGUGGUUGCCUUGCUCGCUACUGUGCUAGGUCCGGUAAACUACUCCAGACUUCAUUAUUUGGCGUCUGGCCUGCGUACAACUUUAACACCAGAGCGGGAACGUCGCCUGUACUCAAAUGAUGUUCAUUCCAAGCUGCGGUCACCACCACGAGUAAUAUAGACAUAGUUUCCGCUAUGUAACGGCCAAGAUCUUGCCUCUUAUGUACGUUACACUACCCCCGAGCACCGACAAUACAGUCUCACGACGGAACGCGUGCAACUUUUUUGGGUUUAGUCGUAACAGUUCUCUCUAGUUAUCAUUGACUCAGCCCUGGGUCGUGCUGAUCAAUGAUGCUGACAUCGACAACAAUAUCACGAUAACCUGUAAGUGCAGUCCCCACUGACUUAGGUUCCCAGUGCAUAAGCGAAGUUUGGCCUAAUUACUCAGAGCGAUUGCGACAGCAUAUCGACUAGGGGUGUCACUGACGCGGAGAUGGAAGAGGUGAGAACACUUCUCAACACCUGACACCUUAAUCCGGCGCCAGCCAUAAUCGGAGAAGCGUGCCUCCGAGAAGCAGGCAACAUCCACAUUGUGCUGGGCUAAUGCACAGCAUUAGCCGUUUUUCCUCCGCGACAAGUCCGCUUACCUCGGAACUGACUCUCUAAAGGCCUUUAUGUUGCCUGCCACCCGUGAAACUCACCGAAUGAGCAGCAUAUCGGCUGCUAGACAGGAUCCAUCUCGCCCAGACUGGUUGACAUAUGCGUCUUUGACGGCGCCAAAUAGGCUAGAAGUUGCCGUCCCAGUCCCCCCAGGUCUUUUUCGCCAGUACUCUAACAGAAUUGCUUAUCGUUCUUGCUUGCGCGGGCUCUAACCGGAAGCUCCGAAGCAGAACAGGGUUCCCAUAUUUCGUUCCGCAACUGAGCCAGAUUUAUAAACGUCACCGCUGGGUUACUUUGAACCUUUGCGAUCUUAGCCACUAGCUUUGAUAGCAUCCUGAAGUCGAUCUACUCUUAUUGGUAAUGCGAACGUAUAACGAACUGUGACAUCCGCAAGCCAGGACGCGAUGCCGCAUCAGCCCCUAUUUCCAAUCUCAUCUCAUGAUUUUGGUAUUGCCAGGGGAGCUGAAUUGGAACUGGUGUUGCAGACUCUAUGCCCCCUACCCCUCGCACCCUAGUCAUCCACACUACUGAAGAUGAUCCUCCAUUAACGAACUACUGCACUUUAUCGCGAUGCAGUCCGUCCAUCCUCCGGGCUCAGCCUACAGUACAUUUCGCGUCAACUCGUUGGGAGGCGGUAAUAGCGGCCGGCAUGGUCAGCCAACCACGAAUUCCUUGUCCGCGUUUAACGCCAGUCCAGUACCGGCAUAUGCACACGCGCGCGUUGAUUCACACAAGGCGGAUUUGCAUAAACGCGUAAUUACCAGUGCCCUCGAGCAUGGGAGGCAAGUGCGCGUAACACGUCUACUAAUAGUACUGCAGAUGUGCUGCCCUGUUUCUCUGCCGCGUCCGCUUUCUCUGACGACGACAACAACAGAAGUUUCGUCGGUCACCGCCGUAGUUUGAUGUUUCAUUUAUUUGCGUUCGCAGAUGCUUCUUGGUUUCUUGAGGUAUUAUCAGUGAUUACUAGCUGGAGGUACCCCUCUGGUUUGUAGGCGUUUAAGUGCCGGUUCUGUAAAGGAUCUUUAAUUGCUGACGGCUUCCUCCACCCAAGCUCUGAUCGGGUACAUGAUACUAAUUUUUUUUCAGGUUUAGCCCGAGGAUAAUUCGUCAGCUUCAGCCUUACUUUUUACUCAUUUUGCGUUCUACUGUGAAAAUCCGAAUUGACUGCCGGUCCUUAAGGACUACUAAUAUGCGGCUUGUGUCGGAUAUCAAGUCACGCAAGAGGGGCCUCCCAAUUUGAUCCAUUUUCAGGCCAGAAUACGGACACUUUGUUUCAUAUUGUUUGCCAGUGUAGGUCUUUUAAAGACGGCCGUAUAGUGAGGGACAGUCAAUCGUGUGGGCGUCUUAUCAAUGUAUACAAGGAAGGCUGAAGUGACUGGUUCUAGCUUACUUGCCGUUGCCAGUCUUGGGACGAUCAGAUAUUUGAAAUUGGACACAGUUGGUUACUUCUCCAAUUCAUUCACCCCCCAAACUACUUAUUCGACAAACCGUUUCCACACCGGGCUCUGAAUGGUAGUUGUUACUAUGGCAAAAGAACUCGAUACCACUUUUCAUAUUUUUAAAAGCUGAUUCAGUUUGCGUUCACGACGAUUGCGCGAAGGUGUAUAGCUUACUGGCCGUGUAAGCGGACCUCAGUGCCGUCUCUUCCGGGUCCGACAUCUCAGUCCUGCUCAUCCUGUCGAUGUUGUUAGAUAUACGCCUUCCGAAAAUGACCUCUAAAUGCUUAAUUCGAUUCUGCGUCCGGGCUGCAGGCUGUACCGACUGCACACUAGGGAGAUUUUCCUGACUUUGCUCAUAUGUGCUUCAACUGUACCAUUCUCUGCCCCCCCCUCCAAAUGUGACAUCAGAACUGACAGUUCUAUCGCAACCACUCGACAACGCCGAUUCGGUACAGUUCAGCCCCCGGACAUCUCUCGCAUCAGCGACUCCAUAUUUCCACCGCUGUUCCCCACCAAACAGACGCCGCCGGGGAUAGAAAGCGGAGGGGGCCGGCUCUCAAGGCCCUUGUCCAUUCCAAAGGUCGCCUCCCGAGAGACGACUGAGUCGUCGCGCAAGAAUCCCCCACCAGAUGCCUCACAGAAGGAACUGCGAUUACCAUUGCUUUCACCGGGCCAUGUUUCGCUCCAGAGCCAAGGUCUUGCAAAAGGUCAGCAUUUCUAUUUCUGUUUCUGCGCUUUCAUGACUGUAGCCACCGUACCGGACCAUCCCUGUUGCCUAGGGAAGUGCCGAAUUUGUAAUAACAAUUAGUUUUUAACGCUGUUUAUCGCUCAUUUCGAAAUAAUGACCUUCACUUGGUGACGAAAAUGAAAUUUUCACUCCAGUUGGUGGAAACUUACUCUUGAGCGGAAACUUGCAGUCCGCCUGCCUGUUUCACUUCCAAUGAACAACUGUAGCCUUGAAGUUGAAGCUGCAGCUGUUUCUGUGCACGGUACAUAACUAUUUCUGAACCGAAAACGACACGAAGAAUGGGAUUAUUUUCCGAGGGUUUUGCUUGCGCAUUCGACGCAUCCUCUGGACCAGUAUUUGUCACCAACUACAUAUUUGCUUCGAACACUCAAAAGCUAUGGGUUAAUGGAAACUGCCGGAAAUAAGAUUCAUGUAUAUCCCUAGCCUAGAAGACCCCAGAGGCUGAAGUUAUUGAGAAGUAUUUACCAAAACCAAGUCAUACUUCUACAAUAUCCCUUAUAGACGCCGUAAGCGUCAUUGAUAAAAUUUGCAUCAGCACUUCCCCCGUGCAGUAAUUACUUCGUGCUACCUGGGCAUUGUGCGUUUUAAAAAAUAAGCCGCGUAUUGUGUUUUGGACACCGGGAGGUUUAGAUGCAAUUUAAGCAAAAAAUGGCUUCCUUAUUACAAGGGGGACUUUCAGUGCUUAUCUAGAGAAAGCGGCCACAAAUCGAAGUUCUAUAGGUCCAAAACCCCACUAACAUACUUUCAACUUCCUAAAAGCUGCCGAUAUUUCAUUUGUAGGCUCUCAGUGGCAAUCCACUUCCAGGGCAGCAGAAGAGCCGGUAGCACCCAAAUCGCGGCACGACAUGUCGGAGCCGCCCACAAACCGCAAACCCACGCAAGUCAAGGCCAAUCGCUGCGCGAGCUGUAAUCGCAAAACAGGUCUCUCCAACUCCUACACAUGCAGGUGGGUAGUCUGUGCUCAAAAAUAAGUCCACCACCACCACCACCACCACCACCACCACCACCACCACCACCACCACCACCACCACCACCACCACCCCUGAAAGGACACUUUUUAAAUCCAUGUGUUCUGGCUUGAUGCCGAAAGAAAUGUCGGCUUGUUCAACCCUCAGUACCGAGAACUUGAAGCAGCACAACCCUUGUUUGCAUUUGAUAGUAGUUCCGUGCACCGUAUGCGCAUGACCUUUUUCCGACUCGUCACUACUGCCAUGUCAUUGUGCUUAUACGCGAACCCACCAGUCCGUGCGGUGAAAACUUCGAACAGUAACUGUAUGCAAGUGCGUUCUCGGCGACUUUGGAAUGUCCCGCUAGCUCUGUUGCGGGUAGUUUUCGCAUAUUUAUUUGACAAAAUGCCACUCCGGUAGUUGUGUGCAGAAGUCAGUAAGUUGGCUUACUUAUUGACUGUUUAAAAACUGCCUGUACCCACUCAACAACAGACAUUUGGCACAAAAGACAGGCCAAUUUGACAGCAUUUUCAAAUCCUCACAGUUCCCCAACGAAUUUUGAUCUGCCACUGAGCUGAGCCCUCAAAUUUCACUGCCGGUGAGAUUCAAGGUCUUCCAUAAAAACCUAUUGUCCAGUAAGGCCUCUUGUUGUUUAUUUUUGUCGCCUAUGCUGGCCUCGCAUGCUCACCAAUGUCAAUCAUGAGGUCUGCUUCGCCAAAAAACGUGGUUUGGUGCGUGGGAGUUUUUGUCUGACCGCCCGAGCCUUUUGGCGACUCUGACUAGCACGCGCAAGCUAAGUAUACGGGGUAAUGCGCCCACAUUCUUGCUCUCCGCGGAGGCUCUCUCCGUGUUACAGGCGCACGCUGCGGUCGUUGCGUGCAUCUAGCAUUUUAAGCCGCUGAAUUAUUUACUCAUAUAGGUGUUUGCCGGGCUCUGGUCAUUUUCACAGCAACAUUCCCGAUACCCACACACAAUUAAUGUCUCGAAAAUUCCGUGUUUCGAGCUAUUUUAUCAGUAGCUAUCAAUUUGCAUGUAUGGCCAUAGAAGGUUUGGCAUUCUAGGCUAAUCUAAAGGCUGCAGGCACAGCCCAAUUACAACAGCAUUGGAGCCGUCACUAGUCUCCACACCAACACUAUCACAGGUAACGAUCAGGUUGCACCAUUGAGCUGGGGUGAAUCGUUGUAGCUACCACAGUGCCCUGAGAGCGGUUGUGUACCUACGGAAUAGUGCGGUCCUUUGGAAUGAGGAUUAGGUCACAGUGGCUCCUUCCUGCUGUAGUCUUUUAAUGACAACCCUUGGCAAUACGAUGUUCGAAUGAAUGAGGCAUGACUCCCGUCGGUUAAAGGUGGAGCGCCUUGUCAACAAACGUGCCCGGUCCCGUCUUUAUUUGACCGGAAUCGAAUGGUGUAUGGGGAGAGAGGGUAAGACAAGUGUUGCACAAGUCUAUCUCCCUCUCCCCCUCCAUAAAUCAGAAGGUUCCCACUGCCCUCCUGGGGUUACUAGUGUUCCGUCUGAAGUUGAAUGGACGUACUGUCAGGCCUACUGAAAAUGAGGUCGGGGAUGGUGACCGAUUUACCAUUUAGCCCCCUGUUCGCCAUACGUGUGUCCGGGUCCCAACAACUCGUUCUUAUGCAUGCCAAUCGGCCACGUAAACAGCCUCUGAAGUAUGUGAGAAGAAGGGGUAACAGAGAGAGAGAGAGAGGGGCGCCUGCUUGCUGUGUGGACGUAACAAAUGUGUGUGUAGGUACGUCCGAUUUCCACUUAAUGUGCCACCUCAAAGACAUUAAUAUUGCACUUUUGUGUUCGAUGACUUAGCGCAAACUAUUAAUCGCUCAGUGUGACGCUGGCGCCAUCUUAUAUUGCCAAAAGUGUAUACGUCUGAGAACUUUGGUUUCAAUCAGGACGGCAAGACUGCAGACUGUGGGGUGUAUAACUGCGACUGAUUACUAAUCUCGUACAAUCCCCACAGUCUUUUGUCCGUAUAAUGGUUACCCCACAUAACCGUUUUGAUGCAAAUCUCUUCCCUGACUAAGUUGUGCAUUAGGGCCUUUGGUCCAGGGAACGAAGACUACAAACCUGGCUGAGUGUUCGGGCGUUAGAUACUAUCUUUGUGUGUUUUCUCAAGUCAACCAGAUCUCCGAGUUGGGAUUGGUGACACCAUGUGUUUGGACUACUGGCUGUUUGUCAUUCUGCUGCCACCUACGAGGGCUCUAGGGUAUAUCUCCUAAAUAGAAGUGAGCGUCCGUAUUUGAUCGCGCACUCAAUCCAGAUCAGCGAACGCCGCCCGCCGCCUAACGACAUCGUCUCACUGAAGGGAGUGGAAUACGAAUUACUGUGUUACCUCCCAGCGGCCAGUCACUAUUACGUUGCAAGCUAACGAACAAUCCGCGUUAUAUUCCGAACAGAAUGUGUACUUUCGUCGUAUGCCUUAUCAGAAAGCCACAGCGAAGGAAUCUUAGCCCCAUACUUCUCGGUGACGUCAAGAUAGUCAGCUUUGCGCUGUGUCCCUCAAAGCCGAUUCCCUGUUUCACCGAAAAUAUAUUUUCCUCCAAGAAGUAGAUCCGUCCGUCGUCAUGGGAAUUGUGGUAGUUCCUGAAGUCUACCCAAAUUGCGACCCUAAUUCUUUCAGCUGUUGCCUAUGCGACUUCAUGGUCGUCCAACUGCCCUACCAAGUUUCUAGUUCGUUGGUCGCGAUGACGGUGUUUGUGCAUGUGUAACGAGCCCAGAUGUCAGUGCGGAAGGCGGCUUUGGCAAUUGCUACAGUUAGUGACCUAACUGAUGAAAUGUGUCGAAAUUUACAAAUGAUUGCCAGUCACUCGCAAAGCGACACCAUUUCAUGAGUCCGAUUUCUAUGUUAAUUAAGUACAAGUUUAAAAGAAUUAAAAACAUAAAAGAAACAUUAACGGCAGUGUUGCGUUAUUUAGAAAAUCCGAUUUGUUUUGAAAAGCGCAAUAUCCCGAAAAUGUCAAAAAUGGCUCUAAUUAAGUAAAGUUCGUUUUUAGAUGUAUGGAAUGUAUUCUCAUACCAAACACGUAGUAAAUAUGAAAGUAGACAUAAAAUAACGUAUAAAAACAAUGUUUUAGUGAACUUUACAUCUAAAUAUCGUCUAAUAAGUAGUGUGACUUCAUAUAGGACGGCUUUUCAACCGCCUACAUUCUGGGUGUAGAUUCCAAAACAGUUUUCCAGUGUUUCAUAACUUCGCCUACUUUUUAGAUUAAAAUCAGAUGAGUUUCAACAGCAGAAGCUGGAUUUUGCUUGA